ACUUUCUUGAUUGGUCGUAAACGCCAUAUUGGCCCGGUGAAUUGCCGGGGUUCUUUUUAACUACUUAUUGUUUUUCGUGAUAGUAAAGAGAAAAAAGUAAUACAAGGAUGUCAACUCGUUCGAAAAAGUCUGCUAGUAAGGAAUCGUCUGCCCCCCCAUCGGAAAGGGCAACUCCGUCAAGUUCUAAACGGCAAUCGCGACAAAGAGCGCCAUCACCUACAAUGCGCGCGCGAGUUCAGGAGAAACAAGAAUUAGGGGAACUUAAUGACCGACUUGCUGUUUAUAUUGAACGGAAUAGAAAGUUGGAAUCUGAAAAUCGAAGAUUGAGUUUUCAGAUUCAACAACAUGAGGAGACCAUUGUUCGAGAAAGUACUCAAGUCAAAGGAUUAUAUGAAAAAGAGUUGACUGAUGCAAGAAAUCUUCUUGACGAGUUAUCUACCGAAAGGUCCAAAUUCGAGAUCGAAAGUGGAAAACAUAAGGCUGAUGCUUUGGAAUACAAAAAGAAAUAUGAGAGCGAAAGAAAAGAACACCAAAAAACUAAAAACACUCUGUGCGAAUCAGAGUCACAAUGCGGUGCCCUUCAGAUGAAAAUUACUGAUCUCUUGAACAACCUCAAGAUAAAAGAUGAUGAAAUAAAGCAUUUGAAUAAUGAAUUGAAAGCAGCUGAGAAGGCAAGAGAUACGGCUAAACAACAACUGGAAGGAGAAACAGUUCAACGUGUUGAUUAUGAAAAUAAGCUUCAAACCUUGAAAGAACAACUGUCUUUUAUGGAGUCUGUUCAUGAGCAAGAAUUGAAUGAAUCAAGGAGCCGAACUGAUGUAUCAAUCGCUCAGUCAACGGAAGCAAUUCGAGGUGAAUUUGAGAAUAAACUAAGCGAAUCGCUAAAAGAGAUGCGUGACGGCAAUGAAAAAGCUCUCAGAGCUGCCAAGCAGGAUACUGUAAAUGCGUAUGAGCAGAGAUUAGAAGCUAUGUCUGCUGAUAUCGAAAGAUUCCAAGAGGAAGUUGGACGAUCUCGAAAUGAUGUGCAAAGAGUACGACGUGAAUUGGAUGAAACUCUUACCGUUUCAAACAAGCUACGAUCGGAAAGGGCUGGAAUGGAAAACAGAAUAAUAGAAUUAGAAAACGAUAUCCGUAAAUUGAGAGACGAUUAUGAAGCAAAAAUAAACGCAAAGGACACCGAAUUAACCAAUUAUAGAAAUAAGGAAACACAAAUGUUGGAAGAGUAUGAAGAACUUCUGGGAUGCAAGGUUGCUCUUGAUGCCGAAAUAAGUGCCUAUAGAAAGAUGUUAGAGAGUGAGGAGACUCGUUUAAAUCUAUCUCAGGAAGGACCAAAUCGCAAAAGAAAGAGAACGGAAGAAGGUUUCCAAUUUAAAGAGACGCUAUCUAUAUCCGAUUAUACAACUACUUCCAACCAAAAAGGAGAUGUUCAAAUAGAGGAGGUCGACAUCAAGGGACAAUUUAUUAAACUACUUAAUACAUCGAGUGAAGAUGUAGCAAUAGGAGGAUGGCAGCUAUCGCAUGAAUCCGGUGAUCAGCCAAUAACUUCUUACAAAUUUCAUAGAAAUAUUCACAUUAAACCAAAUUCCUACGUUACUGUAUGGAGUGCUAAUGCUGGACAAGCCCACGAACCGCCUGAAAAUCUUGUUAUGAAAGGGCAAAGGUGGUUCUCUGGUGAUGAAAUGAGUACCGUCCUGAAAGAUAAUAAGCAAGGGGAGAUGGCUAAAUUAGAAAUGAAAAGAAACAAGUCGCGAUCAAGUUAUAGUGGUGAAAGUGGAUAUACGGGAUCACGAAAUUCUGAAGAUAAAUCUUGUUCCAUUAUGUAA